UGCCCCGGCUCCGCGCUGCAGUUGCCGCCCCGCUCCUGCAGGAGCCCGGCCGGGAUGUUCGGGGCCCAGCAGCAGCUGCAGCCCCCCACGCUGCCCCCGCACCUCCAGCCGCACCAGCAGCACCACUACUAUCGCCGCCAGCAGCACUACAACACGCUGCCCGCUGCCCGGCGGCCCCUCUCCUGGCCCGAGCCGCCGCCGCCGCGGCCCCUGCCCUGCCGGGACCCGCCGCCCUGCCCGGAGCCCCCGCCGCCGCCGCGGCCGCCGCCGUGCCGGGAGCCGCCGCCCUGCCCCGAGCCGCCGCGGCCGCUGCCGUGCUUCGAGCCCGCGUCCCCGCAGCAGCACGAAAGCGGCGUGGCGUACGACCGGGUGCGGACCUACGGCCCCGGCUGCCGGCGGGUGAGCGUGUCUUGCUCCUCCCGGGCGGCCUCGCCGCUGGAAUGCUCGCACGUCUCUGGCUGCGACCCGCCGCAACAGGGCACUGUUCGAAGGAUUAUUAUUGAGAAUCCUGAUCAGGAGCAGUUAUCCCCAUUUUUUAGAGGGGCCAGUUUCAGUCCUGGAAAUAACGUCAUCUAUGAAAAGACAAUAAGAAAAUAUGAGCUGUUGAAUCCCCACCAAGAGAAGCAGUACCAGUUCUCCCAGCAGUGUCAGACUCCCCAGCAAGCCGAGCAGUGGCACGUUGUCCAGCCCUGCCAGCACUCUGAGCAGUCCCAGGUCACCCACCAGUGCCAGCAGACACAGACCAGCAGCCUGUGUGAAGCAAUCCCAGUCUCUGUGAGCGAUGACUGCAGAGGAAACACCGUGAGGAGGGUGACGGUUCAGUCUUGUGACACGGUGAAUUGCUCCCAGGAGAACAGUGACCAGCUGGACUGUCGCUACUUUGGCGAGCUCCUCGCUGAGCUGAACCGCAAGACCAACGACCUGUACAGUUGUUUGCUACAGCAUGUGGAGAAGAUUGGAGGAAGGAGCUAUGACGUUGAACUGACGUGCCAGACUGAAGAUAUUGAAGAUUUAAUUCCCAAAGGACUGUCUGAGGCAACAAAGCAGCAGAUUCGUUAUCUCCUGCAGAUGAGAGUGACAUCAGACAAAUCCCUCAGACUUGUGCUUUCCACCUUCAAAAAUUUACGUGAAGAGCUUUGCCAUCUGCAGGACGACUUGGGGAAGUUAGAAACCGACAACGUCUUACUUAAGAAGGAUUUGGCUUUUAAAGAUUCUCAAGUACAAGAAUAUGAGACCAUGCUGAGCUCCCUGAGAGAGAAUAACCGUCAGCAGCAGCAAGGGCUGAGGGACAGCACUGCCAAGUGCCGCUCGCUGGAGGAGCAGCUGCUGGCGCUGCGGCUCAGCGAGGGUGAGAAGGAGUGUCAGCUGAAGGAGCUGGAGUAUGGCAAGCGCGCCCUGGAGCAGGAGAUCCAGAGCCUGAAACUGCAGAGCUGCUCCAGCCCAACGCUCCAGACCAGCACGGACGAGCUCUCCAGCCGCUACGUGGAGAUGAUCAACAACCUGAGGGAGGACAAAGACCGCGAGAUCCGCAGCCUCAGGACGCAGUUGUGCCAAUUCCAGCAAGACAUAUCACGGAGAGAAGGGAAUAACAGCGACCUGCAAAUGAAGCUGCAUGAACUGACAUCAAUGUUGGAAGAGAAAGAUGCUUUUAUUAAACAACAGCAAGAGGACCUUUUCAGAUUGAAGCACGAGAAAUUAUCAGGCAGUCAGUCCCCUGGUGUCACAGCAGUCAUCACCAAGAAGUACAGGAAUCAGUACCCCAUUCUGGGCCUCCUCUCUGAUGACUACAAGGUCACGUCACCUGUCAAUAAAUCACAGACGAUUGUAAUUGAGAGGACUGGAGAGAUAUGGAAACAUGAAUGAAAGAAAUGUCUAAAACAUGAGAGCUGCUUGAAGGAGUUGACCAAGGACCAAAACUGCUUUACUUUCUGCUAUUUUGCAUCUGAAAGAGGUUCAGUCUGACAUUGAGACAGGCUGGAGAACACGAGGGACAUGGAAGCACAAAGAUCAUAGAAACCACCACCUCAUCCCAACCAUAAAGAGCUCAGGUACCCGUGUCCAUAACCUGCCACUGACCCCUGCAUACAGGUGUUAUUUGCACUUUUCCACGCACUUACUUUUUGCUCAGAGAGCAGUGUGUCAGUCAUCCUUUUGUGGGCUGCUGUUCUUCAGCCAGUCCUGAAGCAAUCUAAGAGACAAAAGGAAGAUGUUUGAAACCUUUUCCUCUUGGCAGUAGUAGCCCUGUUCUGUCCUGUUUGCUCAUGCUGCCAAGUGGGAAUGACACACAUGGAGGUCCUGUAUGUACUGCAUGGCUGCUGUCAGUACACACUCACCCACAGAUCUACGGCUGCCUGCUGGGGGUGGAGCAAACCCCAGUAGUAACCUUCAUGGGGACCUUUAAGAAUACCUCACUGCAAACUGCUGACCUGGUGCCUGUGUCUGGAAAACCAACAUCACAGGAUAUCCCUUACUCCAGACAGAAAACACCUGAGAUUUGGCUGCUGAGCUGGCAAGUCCCAGAGUUGCCUUGUUCAGGGGACUGGUUGGGCAAAUGCUAAUUUAUUGGCCUUGAUGAAUCUCAGGUGAACCAUUGUAAGUCCCAAAGUAUUUACUGUGCUUGAAAAUGUCAAGAAAUCGGUAUAUUUUUAUACAGAAAUACUUAGUAUGAAAACAGUUCAUUGACUAAAUUCCAUUGUUAGAAACAACCUUUCAUUUACAAUUUUUGCUCCUUACAGGACCACAGAAAUUCCCUCCAAAUGCUUUGGCAUUAGGAACCAAGUAAUUGUCUAAACAGUGCAGUGCAGAGACUCACAGGGGAAGUUUUAACUAUGCAAUCAAAAGGUGCUUGCUCUUUGUCACGGGGCUCUUGCUUUGCUUUAUUGCUGCAGAUCUAUAUUUCUAGUCACAAAUCAUGUAUAUGCUAGACAAUGUCUAAUGGUGAAAGAAGGCUGUAGGCUCUGUGUAACUAUAAAAUAAACCCAAGUGUAAUGUUCUGAA